UGAAUAAAAAACAUGACAAAACACUGACUUUGAUAACUUCCUCAGUUCCAGACGUCCAACUGGGAAGGGACAACUCAAACCGUGUGUAAAAACAAGCUGCAGCUUCGUCCAGAAAGAACAUGUCAUAUGUAAAUUGAGAAACUGCGGUUUACGUGUUAGGUGCUGAAGGAAGAGGAACCUCAUUUGUUCUCUAUGAGAACGGUGAUGAACGGAGUUUAAGGAUGGAGGAAGAACUCAAUUAUGCUUCUGUGGUUUUCAAAAAUGGUGGUAGUCCUCAGAAAGAAAACGAUGAGGACUCUACAAUUUAUUCUACAGUUAAAUCUAAAGUUCCUGCAGCGACUGGAACCAUAAAAGCAGCUGGAGGAACAGUAGCAGCUGGAGGAGCAGCAGCUGGAGGAGCAGCAGCUGGAGGAACAGCAGCAAGUGGAGGAGCAGCAGCAACUGGAGGAGCAGCAGCAGCUGGAGGAGCAGCAGCAGCUGGAGGAGCAGCAGCAGCUGGAGGAGCAGCAGGAGGAGCAGCAGCUGGAGGAGCAGCAGCUGGAGGAGCAGCAGCGGCACACUCCCGGCACUUUGUCCUGCUGCUGGUGUGUUUGGGGAUUCUCUGCGUCCUGCUCAUGGCGUGCAUCGGCGUCAUCAUCUACAUCUUCGGGGUCAUGAAGGCCCAGGAAGCUGUCGCAGAAAACGUCAUCCACCUCGAGAAGGAAAUUCAUCAGCUGGUGAUGCAGAAAGAAAUCCUAGCGAACGAGACCGAGGUGCUGACCCGAGACAGAGAUGAUCUCAACAGGACGCUCGGAGUCAUCAUGACGUUCCAAAACUUCCCAGUCAGUUCAUUCUGCCCAGACAAAAACUGUCAGCCGUGCCGGGAGAGUUGGAUUCCGUUCCAGGAUCACUGCUACCUGUUUUAUAAGCCAUCCAAUCCCUGGUACGUAUGGGAGCGGGCACGAACAUUUUGUCAAGACCUUGUUGGAGACUUGGUUGUUGUCGAGAGUUUACAAGAGCAGGAAUUCAUCAAUAAUCAGACCAAGUACUACUACGACGAAUUUCAUGGAUACUGGAUGGGAUUGCGUCAAAUUGAGGACACGUGGAUCUGGAUUGAUGGACGCAAUGAGACUGAGGGGUACUGGAAUCAGACGAAAUUUAUUUACGGUGGUACAUAUGCGAUGACAUUCCCUACGCAUAAUGCAACAGCCAGCUGGGGCCCAGCAAAGGGGAUGAUGAAGAACAAAUUCAUCUGUGAGCAUGAAGCCCUCAUCAGGACUCCAGUCAGUUAGCAUAUUGGGUUUUCUUGUUCCAAACUCUGCUGGCAAAUUACAUUUUACAAAACGGUUGCACCAGUUUGGAUAAUGUAAAUGCACACGCACACACAAAAUAGUGGAUGCAACACAAGGAAAAAAACAAACUGUGUUUGGCGAGCAAGUGUUCAUUCUAUAUAUCUAUGAUUUUGUGUUUUUAUAAGCUACUGUGUACGAUCAAUUUGGAUGAAUAUAUUUUAAUGUGUGAAAAGUGUAGAGACAAGAAGCCACAACCUGAUUUUCACCGAAGGUUUAAGAUCUGUUGCGAUGGAGGUUGGAGAUUUGACUUGUCGGUCAAUUUAAUAUUAAUGACUUUUGCUUAGACUAUCGAGUCUACUACUGAGUCACUGAUUUAGGAUUUGUGUUUUCAGAUCUCCAGUAAAAAUUUGUAAACUGUUGUAACAAAUGAUCUGUUCUUGUGUCCGACGUGUUGCAUGUUGUGUACGUGAAACUCCGGAAGUUUGCGUUUUGCAAACUGUCGUCUGACACAAGUUAGUGGUUUUACAGAACAAAUGUCGAGAUGAAUUCUGCACGCUUCAUAUUACAGAGUCAGUGUUAAAUAAGGUUGUUUUGUCACAUUCGAGUCUAAUCUGUUGUAAACUCAAGUGUUGACACACAAGCUGAUGUCCUUCCCGACCUGUCGCAACCUCUGAGUGGUGACAGGUACAGAGCCGAGGUCACAGGACGUGUGACCACAGAGGAAAUAAUCUGUGAUUUUUAAGGUUGUAAGAUCCUGAACUCUAAAGGUCACAGUUACAACAUUUAUAUACUGAUCCUGUUGAACUGAGAAUAUUUUUGAUGCUGUUUUAAACUGUGUUUUUCACUGUCGACUAACUGGAGACUUGAUAUGUGGAAUGAUGUAGUUUCUACAUAAACACCAUUUAAAGUUUUUCCUGUAUUUAUAUGAUUUGCAAGUAAAUUUUUUCCUUUCGCAA